CCUGAGAGUAACCAGGCGUCCCCUUGAAGUCCCUGGGGCUUCGCCUUCUUCCUCCCUUCUACCGCGUUUCCUCAGAAGCAAAUCUUCUCCGAGGAGGGAGACGGGAAGGGAAGGCCCAGAGGCUCCAGCGGAGCAGCUCCCCUAUCGCGGGCGGCUGGCUGGCUGAGUCCAGCCAGCGCGCUCCGCCCCGGGGAGGCCGGACCAGGAAGCGUGUGCGGCCGGUGGGGGCUGCUGGAGCGGCGGCCGAGGCCUAAGCGUACAGAGCUUGAAGAGAAAUUGGAAGACCGGGAAGAAGGGAAACAUGCCACAUUGUGGAGGAAUGGAAUUCAUGACUUGUAUUUUGAAGAAGCAGAAAAUGUCAAGAUCAAAAAAUUAGUUGGAAUUUUCACCAACUGUUAAAUUGCCUUUCAAAGUGUACUGUAUUCCAAGGUGGUAACUGUAAUUAUUGCAUGGACUUUGAGGAACAGAUUUUGGAUAUUUGGACACCAUGACAGUCACUCUAGUAUGCGACCCCUCAGAAGCUAUGGAGCUCUCUGCUUCUCAGCGACUGUAUCUUAAGCCAGUAGCGAAACUGACAAUCAGUGUGGUGCUUCCAGAACACACCAGAUCUACCCGGGCAUUCUCAAAGUGGGAAGUGAUGGACAAGCUGAAGAAUAUGAUUUGUCCAGACCAGUUCACCAGUGUUAAGGUUUCAAAGAGCACUAAGGGUUUCAUUCGGUUUGAGGGAGAGGCUGAAACCAAGCGCUUGGUUUGUAGCCUAAAGGAGAAGCUUCAUGGCAAGAUGAUAAAACUGAAUGGUUUUAAAGAUGAUUUGCAAGUGGUUGCGACAGAGACACCUUCUGACUUGCUAACUCCUCAGGAGUUGGAACCCAUUUUGAAUGAUAGAGAAUUGCCGGGAGAAGACUUAGCAGAGCAAAACAAGGAUAGUCCUGAUUGCAUCCAUUUGGAAGGAUUGCCAUGCAAAUGGUUUGCAGUAAAAGGCUCAGAUAGUGAAUCACCAAGUGAAGAUGUCUUGAGAGCAGUAUUUGAAAAUUUUGGGAAGAUCAAGAACAUAGAUAUCCCUAUGCUGGAUCCUUAUAGGGAAGAAAUGGUGGGAGGAAGCAUGAAUAAUUUCACUUUUCGUGGCCUGCGGACAUUUGACGCUUUUGUCCAAUACCAAGAGUCCACAUCUUUUUCAAAAGCUAUGGAGACACUUAAGGGAAUGAAGCUGAUGUUUAAAGGGGAUGAUGGAAAAGCCCUUGCAUGUAACAUCAAGGUGACAUCUGAUACUACCAGUCAUUUCAGUGAGAGUGCUAUAAAUCAGAGAAACCUGGAAAGAUUAACACUGCAAGGACUAGAGCGAGAAAGAAGGAGGGAGGAAAACAGAGGGAAAAAAGGGACGGAAAGAAAAAGACAUGAUGAUGAUGAUGACGAAAAAAAAGUUGGAGACGGAAAGAGGAAAUAUAAGAUCAAGAGACGGGGAAAAAGACAGAUAGAUCGGGAUGAAAAACGGCCAAGGAAGCAACAGAAGGUAACAGCUGCAGAAGAGUUGUGGCCAGAGAAUAUGCCUGAAUGGGAAGAGAGGAAAUACCUUCUAGCUCAGAGAAGAGUGGAGUCUAUCAGGCUGCUUACAGUGCUGUUAAGCCAAAUAAAAAAUUUUGUGCUAUCAUCUGGGCAAAUAGGGGAGCCUCUGCUGGAACUUGAAAACAAAAGGAAGGAUUGCUUCUCUACAUCUCAGAUACAGAAUGCACUCAAAGAGCAGGAAGACUCAUGCUACCUUGGGCAACAAGAGCUGAAUGAUGAGAGAGCAUCCAAGUGUCAAUCAACCCAGCUGAGUAACACCCAUAUUCAGGAGGAGGAGCAGUAUGCUGCAGUUGACUUGCCUGCAUCACCUUGUCCCCUUGGCAGAACUGUUCUGAAUACGCCAGUUGCUAGAGCAGUCACCAGCCACUUGACAGACAAGGAUACAGACUGCUAUCAUGCUUGUGGCUUGUUACAGGUCACAGUUACUCAAGAUUGCGAAGUCGUAAAAUCGCCUAAUAGAGGGGAUUAUCCAGGACCUAACGUGGAAUGCUUCUUGAAAGCCUCCAGUACAGGCCGCUGCAAGAAGCUGAAGGUUUAUGAAACUGAGGAAUUCAUACAUUAUUUACUCAACUACUAUCAAACCCCAAGAUACGCACGAAUCUGUCCAGGGGCCCAAAACCCAAUGGAUAAGUCUUGGUGGCAGAGGGUGGUAUCCUGUAAUGGGAACGACUUCCAAAUUAACCUAAAGAACAAAGAUGGGGAGUGUACGACAGAAGUGAGUUUCAUAUCAAAUGUCCAAGAGAGUGACUCCGGAGGGAGUGAUAAUUGGGAAGUAACAGAUGAGGAACCUGAGGCUAUGCCAAAGACCCAGGCAUGUGCUAGGGAGUUCACCAAAAAACAUCGGACAUGGUGCAGAGAUCUGUCGGAGGAGGCUGGUAAAGGAACACCACAUGAUGAAGUGAAUAGCCCUGUCCUAGUUAGCACAACUCAUGAUAGAAAAUCCCAAGUAGAGAACACUGAAGUGAUGGUUAUGUCAUCACACAAGCCAUUUGGCCGUGUGUAUAAACUGAAGGAUCUACUGGAAGAGAUCAGCAGUGAUUCUGAAUAUUUUAGUGAGGCACUUAAUGAGUCACAAAGCAAAAAGGAAAGAAAGAAUGGUGGCUGCAGAAGUGGCUGCAAGGCGUGGUCUCUUAGCCAGCAAAGGGCAAGAGAAUUGUUGAUUUGUGUCCAAAAUGUGGCUUGUAGCGAUCAAGAUGGCAAAUACAGCAAACGCAGCUUCUGCUCAAACUCUGAGUGCUGUGACUCCACAAAGCACUCCAAGCAAAAGCUGAAGACAACAUUCAAAAGAACCAGUAAUAAAGCAAGGCAUGAAGGAGAAAAAAUCCAAUGGCCAUCUAGCGAAGAGGAGAGAGAAACUGGCAGGAAGAAGAAGAAAAAGAAGAGGAGGUCAUCUGGAAAUUCUUUGCCAGAUGAUGAACAUCAGUUCCUUAAAACAAACCAUUGUGGAGAGCUGGAGUCUCUCAGCAAGAUACAGAGGAAGUAUAGCAAGAUCUUCCACCACAAAAUGAAAUGUAAAACACUUCACGCCAUGGCAGGAGCAGUAAAAGCAAAAGAUUCCAUCCAUUUGGGUCGCUCUCAUUUCCAAGAAGUUCACCAAGAGGCAGGGAAUGCUUUGAACAGUGAAAGGUGGUCUGAAAUCUUCUUCGGUACUGGUUGGUGUUUUGUUCUUUGAGUAAGUGACCUUCUACAGUAUAGCUAUGAGCCCAUAGACAUCAUCAUACUCAGUUAUUGCUUGAAAUUGUAUGAACAUGGAACUGGCAAAAUAAGACAACCAAGAAAUACAAUCUGAAAACAUUCUACUGUGACUUCGUUGGGACUACAUGAGAGCAAACCAUUCUGAGGACUGCAAGCUAGGUGGUCACUUAUUACACUAGACAGCCACAACUGGUAUGAAAUGGUAUUCCAUAAAGAGAGGGAACAGCAACAAAUUCUAGUUUGGGUUUCUGCUUUCACUUUUAAUAUGCUUUAUUUAUUACAUGUCAUGGUAAUUUUCAUGUGAUAAGCUUUUCCUAGCAUACCAUCCAUGUUUGUUAACUUCUGCUCCAAUAAAGUAGUAAUGAACCAA